ACCCAAUUCGCUGACCCCAAUCUUUCACGCACUGCUAUGCGUAAGAUCCAAGCCCUCAAGCAGACGGGCUCGUGCGCGGCUUACGCGGCUCGCUUUCGCGAGCUGCUCCCGCUCGUCGACUUCUCGCCCACCACGCAGCUCGACCAGUUCAAGAAUGGUCUGAAACUCGCUGUUCGCGAUCUCGUUCGCGGCGUACGUCCCAAGCCCAAGACGUUCGACGAGUACGUCGCCCUCGCCAUCGAGUUCGACAACGACCUGCACGAGGACGAGCUUGCCGCCAAGCACAUGCGCGAGCCUCCACGCCGCGGCCUCGAGCUUCGUGAGGUUCGCCGCACUGCACCGCCCUCGCCACGCCCAUCGACUUCCGCCGCCGCGUCGUCCGACGUCGUCCCCAUGGAGGUCGACGCUGUCAAGUUCCGUGGUCCGCUCUCGCAAGAAGAGAAGGACCGUCGCAAGCGUCUCGGCCUCUGCGACUACUGCGGCCAGGGCAAGCACUCCGCCGACGACUGCCCUAACAAGUCCGACAAGGCGAAGAGGCGCGACGCGGAACGCAAGGCUGCUCUCGCGAAAGCGGGAAAAGCCUAACCGGGAGUCCACCCACUGCCCUAGGGCUCCCGGUCGCCGACGAUAGGGCACGUCCGCUCCCGACCGUGACGCCUGCGUUCGUUCGCGCGACGGACGGACGUUAUAUACCCCAGAACUACGUCCCUUCUCGUUUCGUUUUCGCUUCCUCCACUUAUUUUAAUUCCCCAGACCACUUCUUCAUCAACGUCGCUCUCUCGUUCCCUGGUCGCAAGCCCAUCCGCACGUUCGCUCUCGUCGAUUCCGGCGCUAGCGCAUCGUGUAUUUCGGACCGCUUUGCUCAACGCCAUUCGCUUCCGCGCGCGCCAAAGGAUGUUCCCGUCCCGAUUACCGCCGUUGACGACCGUCCCAUCGCUAAUGGUCUCGUCACUCACGACGUCGUUGCUCAACUAUCGGUGGACAAACAUUCCGAGGUCAUGCGCCUAGGCAUUGUAUCAGUGGGUUAUCCUGUUAUCUUGGGCUUGGACUGGCUACGUCGUCAUAAUCCGCAGAUCGACUGGUCCACUAUGGACUUAUCCCUUUCGUGUUGCAAUCUUCGUCGCUCUACGCCGGUGCGCGUCGUCGCUCAAGGCCCUGGUCUUCCUCGACUUCCGCCCACCUCGCUUUCUGUCAACUCUACUUCUGUGACCUCCGUCGGUUUAGGCUUUGGUCUUCGCGGCGAGUCCCUCUUUUCCUCUCAUUCCCUCGCUUCUCCUCUCCCUGUACCUACAUCUUCUC